AUGCCAAAUUUUAGUGAAUGUGGUCCUCAUUGUAUGUGCACUACAAAGAAACAUAUAAAGCUUGAGAACACAGCAGAAUUGACCUCCGUGGAUGUGAAUACUGGACUAGUCUUCCUUAUCCAGAUUGUUAUCGGAACCCUGGGGAAUGUUUCACUCCUCAGUCAGUAUUUAUUUCUCUACUUCAGUGGAUGCAGGUCAAGGUCAAUAGAUUUGAUCCUCAGGCACCUGACUGUGGCCAAUCUCUUGGUCCUUCUCCCGAGGGGGAUCCCAGAGACCAUGGCAGCGUUUGGAGUGGAGCACUUCCUCAGUGAUUUUGGAAGCAAACUUGUUUUCUAUGUUCAUAGAGUGGGUAGGGCUGUGACCAUUGGUAAUACCUGCCUCUUGGGAGUCUUCCAGGCCACCAGAAUUAGCUCUAAGUGUUCUAGGUGGGCGGCGCUUAAAGUAAAAGCUCAGAAGUACGUGAGCGCAUGCACUGUGCACUGGAGGGUCCUGCACUUACUGUUGAAUAUCACUUUUCCUGCAAGUGUGACUGCCAAAUGGAAAAACACAAACAUCACCAAGGAAGCAGACUUUGCCUACUGUUCUGCUAGAGGUUACGAGAAAUUCUUACCAGUAACUGUCGUACUCUUCUCCAUGCCUGAUGCUCUGUGUUUGGUACUCGUGCUCUGGGCCAGCGUCUCCAUGGUUUUCAUCCUACACAGGCACAAGCAGCAGGUCCAACACAUCCACAGGACCAAUGUCUCUUCCACAUCCUCCUGUGAGACCAAAGCCAUCUACAGCAUCCUCAUCCUGGUGUGCACAUAUAUAAAUUUUUAUACCAUCUCCUGCUUCAUCCAAGUUUUGGCUGUUUUUCAUAAUCAUCACUCCUUAUUCAGAAUUGCUGCCUUCAUUAAUGCUUGUUUCCCAACUCUUUGCCCUUUUUUGUUCAUGAGCCGAGAUCACAGUCUAUUCAGAACCUGUGGCUGCUAUUGUGAAAACAGUACACGGCCACCCAACUUCAUGAGAAAAAAAUACACAUUGUCUGUUUUCUCCUGUCUUUUGCAAUUCUCUUGCUCAGUCCCCAUCAAAUUCUGCAAAAUUCAUAGGACUCAGGCUCAGUUCUGCAGCCUGCCUCACAAGUGUUUCCUUCCUGACUUCACUUCUUGAAGGCACCAUUGAGCCAGUUUUCUUCCUGCACCACCUCUGAUGUUUUUACCUUGAAGUCUUAAACGCUUCCUGGUUACUGAAGCCUUUAUAAACAUUAGAUGUAAGACAUUCAUAGUCCAUCAGCUGGGUGAGACCAUCUCUUUAUGAAAGGCAUUUAUGUAUCAGAAGCAGAGUUAAGCUCCCAGUAAAAUUUUCCUCUGUGGGGCUGCAUCUCUCAACGUGGAAGAACAAUUCAAACGCUUUCCAGAAAACAAAUCUAAGGGAAACCUGCACAUGAACCAAACAAAGAUCUAAAUAUCAGCUUCAAAACUUUGCACGUUAAAUAGGAGAGGGCAUUUGGGAUACGCUCUGAAUAGAGCUUCCCUGCUCUAAUUUACUUAUUUAGUACUGGGGC